AGCCCGAAGUGGAGCUGUGGCUCAAGUGGUGGAGCACCCAGCCUUGGGCUUGAAAAGGCCAGCCAGAGCCUCCCCGAGUUCCGUCUCCCCAAACUCCCUGCACCCCUCCAACUAACCCCGCCUUGCCCUCCUUCCAGCCACGAGCCCCCAGGAGCUGAGAGCAGGAUGUUCCGUUUCAUGAGGGACGUGGAACCCGAGGAUCCCAUGUUCCUGAUGGACCCUUUUGCAGUUCACCGCCAGCACAUGAGCCGCAUGCUGUCCGGGGGCUUUGGCUACAGCCCCUUCCUCAGCAUCACCGACGGUAACAUGCCCGCCACCAGGCCUGCUAGCCGCCGGAUGCAGGCUGGGGUGGUGUCUCCCUUCGGGAUGCUGGGGAUGUCCGGCGGCUUCAUGGACAUGUUUGGGAUGAUGAAUGACAUGAUCGGCAGCAUGGAGCACAUGACGGCGGGGGGCAACUGCCAGACCUUUUCUUCGUCCACCGUCAUCUCCUACUCCAACACGGGUGACGGCGCCCCCAAAGUCUACCAGGAGACGUCGGAGAUGCGCUCGGCCCCGGGCGGGAUCCGGGAGACGCGGAGGACGGUGCGGGACUCGGACAGCGGCCUGGAGCAGAUGUCCAUCGGCCACCACAUCCGGGACCGCGCGCACAUCCUGCAGCGCUCCCGCAACCACCGCACGGGGGACCAGGAGGAGCGGCAGGACUACAUCAACCUGGACGAGAGUGAGCCCCGCCCCCGGCCCUGA